AUGAGCUACAAUUAUAACGGCCAAGGUUAUUACCGAUUCGACGGUGAUGAACAUAGGGCAUCUCACCAAGCUCAAGAAAAUAGUUAUCAGAUGUAUGAGCCAUCUGAAGACGACAGAAACGAUGAAAAUCAUAGGUACAGAACUGCUGCCGGAACAGAUGAGCAGUAUAAUGGGUUUGUGAACCAUUAUCCGGAAAUGGGUGAAUAUCGCCAGCCUGGUGAUAUGUCCCAAUACCAGGUGCCAAAUAUUCAAGUGGAUGCGUCAAGUCCUAUAGCGAAUACAUUUGAUCCGGCGUAUCCUGGGCAAACUCCAUAUGUGCAAGCAGAUUUUAAUGAUAAUCAGUAUUACGGUAGAAAUUCGUAUCAGAAUGAGCAAGCACCUAGUAUUAACUCCGCGACCGAUUAUUAUGCGAAUCAAGAUACAAGGCCAAUCUUGGAACAACCUCAUCAGUUAUACAAUUACCAGCAACAGGAUGAUAUCGAAAAUCCUAUAUACGUGGAUCAAAACGGUGAUGAUUAUCAGAUCAACACUUAUUUAAACAGUAAAGGUGAUAUGGUGGAUCCAUUCGAAGCUGGCCAGCGUGGUGAACCGUCGGAGUGGGAUAUCAACGAUUAUGUUAGUAAUUACGACGACGAAGACGGAAGCAGUUCUUUCGGAAGUUAUGGGAAUGACGUGGCGACACUUGAUAGGCUUGGUGAAUUGAAAUAUGAAUCAGAUGAGGACGGUGCUGACUUGGGAGAGAGAAAGUCUCCCGCCAUUCAAAGAAAGCCAACGGUAGUUAGAAAGUUCAAAUUAUGUCAGGGAAAUUUCAUCUUCGAUUGUCCAAUCAGUAGCCAAUUGUUGUCUCAAUAUUCUGCAGGAGCUGGUCCAGAAAAAUUGUCUAAUGAAUUUAAGUUCAUGAGAUAUCAAGCUGUUACCUGUGAACCAAACCAGUUUCAAAGUAAUACGUUCAAUUUACGUCAGUUGAUGUAUCCGUACCCAAGAAGAACAGAGCUUAUGAUCGUAAUUACAAUGUACAAUGAAGAUGAUAUUUUACUCGGCAAAACUUUGAAAGGUGUUAUGGAUAACAUAAGACAUUUUACAAAACGUUCAAACUCCUCUGUUUGGGGCCCAGAUGCAUGGAAGAAGAUUUGUGUUUGUGUGGUUAGUGAUGGUAGAUCAAAAAUUAAUGAACGUUCUCUCGCGUUAAUGAGUGCAUUAGGUUGCUAUCAAGAUGGUUUUGCGAAAGAGGCUAUCAAUGACAAGAAAGUCGUCACUCAUGUCUAUGAACAUACAACUAAAGUCAAUAUCACCUCUGUGUCAUCUACGAAUGUCGAGUUAGGAUAUGGCGAUAGCACCAUACCUGUGCAAAUGCUUUUCUGUUUGAAAGAGAAGAAUCAGAAGAAGAUUAAUUCUCACCGUUGGGCAUUUGAGGCCUUUGCAGAAACACUAAACCCGAAUGUCAUAAUUCUCUUGGAUGCUGGUACAAUGCCCGGAAAGGAUUCUAUUUAUCAGCUAUGGAGAGAGUUUAAGGAUCCCCAAGUGGGUGGCGCAUGCGGUGAAAUCAAAGCUGAUUUAGGAUCUGGAUAUACUAAACUAUUAAAUCCCUUGAUUGCAUCGCAAAACUUUGAAUAUAAAAUGUCUAACAUUUUGGAUAAAACGACAGAAUCUAACUUUGGGUUUAUAUCUGUCCUACCAGGUGCUUUUUCUGCCUAUAGAUUCGAGGCAUUAAAAGGUGAACCGAUGCGAAAGUAUUUCUUAGGUGACGACCUUAAUGGUACCGUUUUCAUCUCGAAUAUGUACUUGGCCGAAGAUCGUAUUUUAUGUUUCGAAAUCGUCACCAAACGUGAUAGCAACUGGGUCUUAAGAUAUUGCCGUGGGUCAUACGGUGCAACUGAUGUGCCAGAAAAGAUUCCAGAAUUCAUCCUCCAGAGAAGACGUUGGUUAAACGGGUCAUUUUUUGCUGCGUUAUAUUCAUUUAUUCAUUUCUACAAAAUUUUCACAUCUGGGCACACUAUACUGAGGAAAAUAAUCUUAAUGUUUGAGUUUACUUACUUGUUCGUGACGACCUUAGUUUCAUGGUUUUCGCUAAGUUCAUUUUUCCUUGUAUUCAGAAUAUUAACGCUAUCGAUAGCCAUUUCAUUCCCAGAUUAUAAGGUUUUCAGAGUAUUUUCAGUGUUAUUCCUAUGGUUAUACGGGCUAUCAGUGUUGGUGACAUUCAUCCUAUCGCUUGGUAACAAACCGAAAGGAACACCUUUAUUCUAUUUGAGUACAUUUAUUUUCUUUGCUGUUUUGAUGGUGUAUAUGCUGGCAUGUUCCAUUUACAUGAGUGUUUAUUCUAUUCAAAAUCUGAUCGAUUCAGGAACGACUACUUUCAAAGGAUUAAUUACGAAAGAAACAUUCAGGGAUUUGGUGAUUUCCAUAGGGUCAACUUAUGCGCUUUACCUGUUAAGUUCGAUUAUCUACUUACAUCCCAUGCAUAUGUUUACGUCUCUGGUCCAAUACGUGUUGUUAAGUCCAUCGUAUAUCAACGUUUUGAACAUUUAUGCCUUCUGCAAUGUGCAUGAUAUUUCAUGGGGUACCAAGGGCUCUGCUGCUAAACCGUUGGGAUCCAUCCAAUCUAAGGAUGAUGGUACCGUCAAGAUGGAAAUUCCAAUAUCUGAGAAAGAAAUUGAUGAGAAUUUCCACAAAUUCAAUAGUAUCUUGACUGAACCUAAACCGAAAGAAGUUGAAGCAGAACUAUCCUUAGAAGAAUCCAAAUCAAGUUAUUAUGCCAUGGUCAGAUCUUUGGUAGUUAUCCUAUGGGUAGUUUCCAAUUUCAUCAUAGUGGCCGUUGUGUUGGAGACCGGUGGUAUAAGUCAAUACAAAGAUAUUGAUGAUUCAGCGAAAGGGUUUACUUCCACUGAUCAAGAGGUGUCGAUUUUAAAUUCCAAAUCUACGAUUUAUUUCUCAGUAAUCCUUUGGAUAGUUGCAUUCAUGGCAUUAUUUAGAUUCAUUGGAUGUUGUGUCUAUUGUAUCGGAAGAACUGUCAGAAAGCUAAGGUUCUAA